CAAAAAUAACAGCAAACACCUAGAAAGUUUCACUUCUGUAAAUCGAUUGCGACUUUGUUUCCGGUUUACCUGGGUUGAUACUCUUCGCUCUCACGGGAAACUCGUUCAAAAUUGGGCUAUUUGAAUCGUGAGUAUAGGUGCUUUCCAAUUAACGACUUUUGCUCGUUCUAUCAUUCUGAUUUGGACCGUUCUUUGCAGCUUCUUUUAUCCAAAAUCAAGCGCCAUGUCCACGAGCGCCGAUACCACCCCCGCGAUAUCUUGCCACCGCAGUCAUUUGGAUAAAGUGGAUCAAAUUAGAAAACUAGGCCGAAUGGAUCGUAUCUCGUUACCACAGAUAGUGGUGGUUGGAGAUCAAUCUAGUGGAAAAUCCGCCCUCCUCGAAAUGAUCUCGGGAGUCACCUUGCCGAAAGAUUCAGGCAAAUGUACCUGUUUUCCGACCGAAGUGAGCAUGCGCCCUGCCGAAGAAUUCUCGGCCAAAGUUCUUAUCGAAGGCAAGAUCGACUCUCGAGUGAGGUUGCCAAAGUCAAGGGAGGAGGUCGCCGAGGUAAUCGAAGACGCCAAAAAGUUAAUCAUGGAAGGCGAAGAUCAAGACAUCUCUGAAAAAGUGCUCACAAUCGAAUUGAGUGGACCCCAACUACCAAUGCUCACUCUAGUUGAUCUUCCGGGUUACGUCCAGACCUACUCUCAAGGUCAAUCGGCGACCCUCGCUCGGGACAUUGAAAAACUCGUCGAAAAAUAUUUACUCGAGCCUAGAACCAUCAUAUUGGCCGUUAUCCCUGUGAAUCGCGAUUUCGAAACCAAUGUGGCAAUCAAACAUAUUCGUGAUUUUGAUGAAGAGGGGAAACGCACCAUGUGUGUCCUCACCAAACCAGACUUACUUGAUCUGGGAACUGAGGGUCGCGUUUUGGAGAUACUUGCCGGUAAAAAGAUGCAUCUUUCUCGAGGGUAUCACAUAAUCAAAAAUAAGAAUUUUGAAGACUGUCGAGCCGGCGAUUCUAGAGACGUCACCUUGAGAAAGGAGUCCAUCUUCUUCAAGCGUUCUCCUUGGUCCGAUAUCAGUGUCACCAAUAGAGGGAUUCCGAAAUUAAUCGAAAGAUUAACCAAUAUGUUAAGUAAACAAAUUGAAAAAGAGUUCUUUGGCAUCAAGAAGGAUCUUAUCAAGAACAAGCACGAGCUCGAGGAACAGUUAACUCAACUUGGACCUGGUCUCUCCACCGAUAUCGAAAAAUUGAACUUGCUUAAUAGGAAUAUCAAUCUUUUCAUGAAACAAUUCAAGAAUCUCGUCGAUGGAAAUUACAGUGAAGGAGGCUUUGACCAAGAAUGCUUCAUCAGAGCAACGGUCCAGAAUCUCCAUCAAGGCUUUCAUCGGGAAAUCAUCAAGAUAACAAACGUUGCCGUCAGCAGUUUGGAUGUUGCGAAGGUCAUGGAGGCGACUCGGGGGCGUGAGCUCAAGGGAAUGCUCCAAUUCCAACCAUUCGUAAUCUUAUGCAGGCAGGUAGUGCAAAAGUGGUUGUCACCAACUGAAAGACACAUUGAAGAGAUCUGCCAACUUGCUAGCGACGUUUCCGUUGAAAUUACCGAAAAAGAGUGUAACCCAAUUCUCAAUCGCUACAUCUCAGAGCGGAUGUCAGAAUUUUUUGAUCAGCAACUAAAACGCAUGCACACAGAAGCUAGUGAAUUGCUCAAUGACGAACUCAGUUCUCCUUUCACACUUCAAGACCUAAAUGUUGGAAAACAUUGGCGUUUCGAAGACACGUUCCCGAGUAUACCAACGUUUAAUUUUGGUGUCGGUGUCGCAAAACCACCAGCCUCGAACUCACGAUCUACAACGAACGAGCCAGAAGUCAUAGAUUAUUCUAAAGUCAAAAGUUUCUUAAGAGAGUACUGUCUGACCGCUGCCAACCGGUACAUUGAUGCCAUAUGCCUCUAUGUUAUCGAAAGAGGGCUGUUCAGGAACUGCUAUAGCAGAGGAAUUAAAUGGUUCGAGGAUGAUCCUUUGGCGCUGUCACAAUUCCAAGAACCACAAGAAUCCAGCGAGUGGCGAGAAAAAUUGCCGAUCGAGAUCAAAAGGUUCAAGGAUGCGAUCGCCAUACUGGGACAGCCUACACAUUGA